AUGUCCCGGUCUCCGUCGUCCUCGGGCCUUCUGCUGCCGCUGCCGGGCUCGCCUGCGUCGUCGUGGGCGCUGUACCGUGCUCGCGUCAAGGCCCUCGUGACCGGCCGGACGUCCGUCUUUGUGUCCUUUUGGCUGUUUGGCCUCAUCAACAACGUCCUCUACGUCAUCAUCCUGUCGGCCGCGCAGGACCUCGUCGGCACGCUCCCCAAAGGCGUCGUCCUCCUCGCCGACGUCCUGCCGUCCUUUGCCACCAAGCUCGUCGCGCCCUACUUCAUCCACCGCGUGCCCUACGCCGCCCGCAUCCCCGUCUUUGUCGCCCUCUCGUCCGCCGGCAUGCUGCUCGUCGCCACCACACCCGCCACCGCCAGCGUGGCCGUCAAGCUCACGGGCGUUGUGCUGGCCAGUCUGAGCAGCGGCGGCGGCGAGCUGAGCUUCCUGGGGCUGACGCACUUUUACGGCCCGCUGAGCCUGGCGGCCUGGGGCAGCGGCACGGGCGCCGCCGGGCUCGUGGGCGCGGGCCUGUACGUGCUGCUGACCGAGUGGCUGGCCUUUUCGGUGCGCGCGAGCCUGCUGGCGUCGGCCGUGCUGCCGGUUGUGAUGCUGGUGACGUUCUUUGGGCUGCUGCCGCGGGGGCCGAUGCGCGCCACCACCGCCUGGGGCGCAGCCGGGCGGACCAAAGAACAGCAGCGAUACACGGCUGUUCCUGGCGCACCGAGAGCCGCGGAGGAGGACGAGGAUGACGAGGGGAGUGAGGACGGCGAGGACGGCGAGGAGAGCGUCGGUGGCGUCGGCGACGGCCGGUUUACGGCGUCCUCGGCCUCGGUUGUCACGGCAUACGCAGCGGCGGCAGCUGUCGAGGACGAGGAAGCGUUGGCAGCACGCCACCACCGCGUGCGGCGGCGGCCGCGGCCGCCGCUGCCACCAGCUGCCGUCUCGUUCCAGGCCAACGUGCGCCGCGCCCGCGCCCUUUUUUUCCCCUAUAUGCUGCCGCUCCUGCUCGUCUACAUUGCCGAGUACACCAUCAACCAGGGCGUCGCGCCCACGCUGCUCUUCCCCCUCGCCUCGUCGCCGUUUACCGAGUUCCGCGCGUUCUACCCCUUUUACGGCUUCUUGUACCAGCUCGGCGUUUUCAUCUCGCGCUCGUCCACGCCCUUUUACCGCAUCCACCGCCUCUACCUGCCGUCGCUUCUCCAGGUCGUGAACCUGGCGGUGCUCACCACGCAGGCCCUGUACUUUGACUCGUUUUUGCCGUCCGUCUACCUCGUCUUUGCCAUUGUCUUUUGGGAGGGCCUGCUGGGCGGCGCCGUGUACGUCAACACGUUUGCCGAGAUCAUGGAGACUGUGCCCGCGGCCGACCGCGAGUUUAGUCUCGGGGCCACCUCCGUCAGCGACAGCGGCGGCAUCUGCGUGGCCGGCCUGCUGGGCAUGGCCAUGGAGGUCGGGCUCUGCAACUGGCAGGUGCAGCACGGCCGUGACUGGUGCCGCCAGAUCCGGCCGAGUGGGCACGGACGGGCGUGA